AUGUACGCCACUCUUCUUGCAGCACUCGGUGUGCCAGUAUUGGCUGUCGCUCAGAUUGUUGUCACCGUCUCCGAACGUGUCUGCAUCGUUGAGCCUUGUGCAAAUGGCGGUGACUCGGCUCCAGCCAUCAUCGAAGCCUUCGAGAAAUGCGGCCACAACGAGGAGCCUUCGCGAGGAAAGGUCGUCUUCCGGAAUGAGACAUACAACAUUCACAGUGUCAUGAACACUACUGGUCUGAAGAAUGUCGAUGUCGAUCUGAAUGGUCUUUUGCUCUGGGACACUAACAUCCCUUACUGGCUCAAUCAUUCUCUUCCAGUCGGAUACCAGAACCAGUCAAGUGCUUGGUUGUUUGGUGGAGAGAACAUCAAUUGGGACGGACAUGGACGUGCCACUUUGAAUGGCUCUGGACAGACAUGGUACACUUUCGUGAACGGCACUAAUAACUACCCCGGCCGACCGCAUCAAAUCACGAUUACAGGAACUAAGGACAGCAACUUCCUUGGUACGCGUUUUGUUGACUCGCAAAUGUGGACAUUGACCGUCAUCCACAGCGAGAAUGUUCUGCUCGAAGACAUCUACGUUAACAGCACUGGUAACGAGCCAGUUGGCUUUGACUUCUCAUCACUCAACACUGAUGGUGCUGACACGGUCUACGCCAACAACAUUACCUUCCGCCGCUGGAAUAUUACAAAUGGAGAUGACUCCAUCGCCAUGAAGGCUAACAGUACCAAUAUCCUGAUCGAGGACUGCGACUUUUACACGGGUCUGGGCGUUGCUAUCGGCAGUAUCAGUCAGUACGACAAUACCUUCGAGUACAUUGAAAAUGUCACUGCUCGCAACAUCCGCUCUUACAACAUGAGAUAUGGAGCUUAUAUCAAGACUUGGACUGGCAACUCAACCGGAUAUCCCCCCAACGGUGGAGGUGGCGGCAUCGGUUACGCAGCCAAUAUCACCUUCUCCAAUUUUGUCUUGGAAAACAACACUGGUAUUUACGCCAUCACACAAUGCACUAGCUACAAUGGCGCAUCAGGUGGCUGUGAUACUAGCAAGUUCAACCUGCGUGAUAUUCGCCUGCAGAAUUGGACCGGUACUGCUGUCAGUGAUGUUGUGGGAUCGAUGCAGUGCUCUGGCGCAAGUCCCUGCACCGGCAUUGAGAUUACUGGUAUCGAUAUCGUCGACACUGUUAACGGUACUGCCCCAAGUCAGUACUUGUGUGACAACCUCUCAUCUGUUGGGUUCAACUGCACUGGUCCGACAUGGGAGGAGAACAGCAGAUAA